GAAAAAGCUCAUAUGGAACAGCAAGAAAAGAAAAUCAUAAUGGACAUCAAGAAAAUGGCCGAAGAAGGCCAAAUGGAAUCUGUAAAAAUUAUGGCAAAAGAUCUAGUAAGAACGCGUCGUUAUGCAAAGAAAUUCAUGCUAAUGAAGGCUAACAUCCAGGCUGUUUCCUUGAAAGUUCAAACUUUAAGAUGAUAAAAUGCCAUGGCAGAUGCCAUGAGAGGAGUCACCAAAGCUAUGCAGAGUAUGAACAGACAAAUGAAUCUGCCACAGAUUCAAAGAAUGUUACAAGAAUUUGAAAAACAAUCUGAGAUCAUGGACAUGAAGGAAGAAGUCAUGAAUGAUGCAAUAGACGAUGCUAUGGGAGAUGAAGACGAUGAAGAGGAACCCGACACUAUUGUAUCUCAAGUUUUGGAUGAACUUGGACUACAGUUGACUGAUACCCUGUCGGGAUUACCCCGCCCGGCAAGCCGGCAAUGUUGACGUUUUGGCAAUGUUUCAUGGAAAUGUUUCACGCAACAUUUCACAGUAAUAUUUUUCAGCAAUGUGUUGAUAAUGUAUUUGCAACGUUGUCUUAUAACAUUUUCUGACAAUGUUUUAAAAAUAAUUACAAGAAACAUUACAAAAACCUUGCAACGCAACAUACUUGAGUAAUAUUUCAUGAUAAUGUUACGAUAAUAUUUAACGCAAUAUUAUUAAAACGUGAAUAAGUAAUGUUAUUAUCAUAUUCAUAAAAAACACUGCAGAAAUAUAAUACAAUAAUUUUUCAAAAACAUAUUUCAAUUUAAAAUUGUAACAAUGUUUAUUAAAUAUGUUUCCAAAUAAUAUUAUAAAUUAACAAUUCAGUAAUGUGUAAGAACUUUAUUACGUGAACGUUUCCAAGUGUCACAGCACGCGUCCAUAAAAAGUUACUCGCUGUCGAACGUAGAUUUUCUUAUUCUAGCCGUGGACAUUGGAAGAAGGACCGAUUGUAUAUAAUGUUGCCGCAAAGGCCCUUGAAGGGGCACUGUUUAUGCACCGAUACGGGCAGUCCGAGUCAAUCUUCCUGUAAUGCAGCGACCUUUGGCAGCGACGUAUCAACUCUUUCGAUCUUAUCCGAUUCUCGACGAAGAUGUUUUUUCCUCGGUGAAACAUAUUUUUGAGUCAAAGAAAUUGAGUGUAACUGAAAUGAAGUAUUUUAUUUAAAUUUAGAAAAAAAUUGGUCUCAUUGAUGUUUCUUUAGAUGAAAAAAAAAAAUAUUAAUUUUAAUUAAAGAAAAUUUCUUUGUCAAGAAAAAAUUAGCCUGUGUGGGUGCCUUUCUUUAGAUUUUCGCGUUUUCGGAUGAUCUGCUCGUGCUUGAAGAAAGUUUUAUCUU